AUGGAGGCCAUUCUGCAGAACUCCACUGACUUUGUCCUUCUGGGCCUCAUCACCCAUCUGAAGUCUCCAGGCCUGGUCUUCGCAGUGAUCUUUUCCAUCUUUGUGGUGGCUGUUACAGCCAAUGUGGCUAUGAUCAUGCUCAUUCAUAUAGAUUCCCAUCUCCACACUCCUAUGUACUUCUUGCUCAGCCAAUUGUCCAUCAUGGAUACAAUCUACAUUUGUAUUACUGUCCCCAAGAUGCUGCAAGACCUUCUUUCCAAAGAAAAGACCAUUUCCUUUGUGGGCUGUGCACUUCAAAUAUUUCUCUACCUGACCUUGAUUGGGGGUGAAUUCUUCCUGCUUGGCCUCAUGGCCUAUGACCGGUAUGUGGCUGUGUGCAACCCUCUGCGGUACCCAGUCCUCAUGAGCCGUAGGGUUUGUGUGCUCAUGGUGCUGGGCUCCUGGGCUGGUGGCUCCUUGGAUGGACUCAUGCUAACACCUGUCACCAUGAGUUUCCCCUACUGUGGGUCUCGAGACAUCAAUCACUUUUUCUGUGAGAUUCCAGCUGUGCUGAAGCUGUCCUGCACAGACACAUCGCUCUAUGAGACCUUGAUGUAUGCAUGCUGUGUGCUGAUGCUGCUUAUCCCAAUAGCCAUCAUCUCUGUCUCUUACACGCGCAUUCUCAUCACGGUCCACCGGAUGAGCUCAGCUGAGGGCCGUCGUAAAGCCUUUGCCACGUGCUCCUCCCACAUUAUGGUUGUGAGCAUUUUCUAUGGGGCAGCUUUCUACACCAAUGUACUGCCUCAUUCCUACCACACACCAGAGAAAGAUAAGGUCGUAUCAGCCUUCUACACAAUCCUCACUCCCAUGCUGAACCCAGUCAUUUACAGUUUGAGAAACAGAGAUGUGGCUGCUGCUCUCAGGAAAGUUCUAGGCAGACAUACCUCCUUCCAUAGAAUCCAAGUGAGGGCUGUGACUGGAAAAUCCUAG